GAUACAAUUACAAUUUGUUUAUAUUUCCUUAAUCUAAUUAUCUCUAGUUAAAUUUUGUUUUUUUAAAUUAAUAAAAUGUCAUGUCAAAGCUCAAUUGUUGAUAUAUUUUCAAGAGUAAAAUAUGCAUAUCCAAUAUUGGAAGGAAAGGUGAAAAAUAUUUGUACUGAUGAAGAGUAUACAAAAAUAGUUGAAGAAAUUAAAAAUGCAAAUUUAACAAAAAGAUUUGAAACACUUAUUAAUCAUGAAAUUGAACGUUAUAUUAGACAAAAAAUAUCUCCUUCAUUUUGGUCAAAAUUUAAAAAUACAACAAAUGAAGAACAUGGUUUUGAUGAAUUUAAAAUUGCUGUUGAUGAACUUUAUGAUAAUGUAAGGUCAUUUGUACCACUGUUAGAACGAUUGGAAGAAUUAACACGUACUGGUGAACAAUCAAGAGAUAUAACAAUUCAAAGAAAAGCUCAAAUAUUAUCUCAUUUUAAAUUAAUUGUCAGAGCAACAUUAUUAAGUCAAUUGCCAUUAUCACAUGAAAUAAUUAUUGAACAUUUUUAUAAAAUUGCAUUUAAUGUUUUUUGCAAUACUGACUCUGUCAAUACAGAUUCUGGUGAUCAAGAAGGAUCAGAAUGUGCUGGUUGCAAUAAAGAAUUAAAUAGUUGUAAAUGUCAAGAUAUUGUUUGUACAUUUCAUGAAAUAAAUUGUAAACUUAUUGAACUUGAACUUUUAGAACGUUUAGUUGGUAAUGUACUAACAUCAUUGAUUUAUAUUAGAAUAAAAGAUCAUGUUACACAAGUUUGUGAUAGAUCAUUUGAUGUAUCACAAUUGGCACCACUUGAAAAUUGGCUAGAGACAGUUGUAUUGAGUUGGUUAACUCGUAUAUAUUCUGGUGGUUCAUCAAAAUCAAUGAGUCUUGAUGAAAAAAUUCGUAUUGCAAUAUUUAAAUUUAAACAAAAAUUAUCACAUUAUUUAUAUGAGACAUAUACAAAAAUACGUAUUGAUCAAUUAUUUAAUAUUAUAAUUGAGUAUGAUGAUUCAAAACCAGCAAUUGAAGAUUUACGUAUAUGUUUAGAACGUACUGAUUUACGUAAAACAUUAGUACAUAGUCUUCAAGAUGCACUUAAAACACGUUUAUUACAUCCAGGUGUUAAUACAUCAGAUAUAUUAACAGCAUAUAUUGCAGCAAUAAAAGCCCUUAAACAACUUGAUCCAACUGGUGUAUUACUUGAAACAGUUACUGAACCAAUAAAAUCAUAUUUACGUAGUCGUACUGAUACAGUACGUUGUGUUAUAUCUGGAUUACUUGAUGAUUAUCCAAGUGAUUUAGCUGAUGAAUUAGUUAAAGGUGAAUUAUUACAACUUGAUGAUGGUUCAAUUGAUGAAGAUAAUGAAAAUUGGGAUAAUUGGAUGCCAGAUCCAGUUGAUGCUGAUCCAACAAAAUCAACUCAACGACGUAUGUCUGAUAUAAUAUCAAUGUUAGUUAGUGUUUAUGGUAGUCAAGAUUUAUUUGUCAAUGAAUAUCGUACAUUACUUGCUGAUCGUUUAUUAUCACAAUUAAAUUAUCAUACUGAACGUGAAAUACGUCAUUUAGAAUUAUUAAAAAGACGUUUUGGUGAAAAUCAAUUACAUUAUUGUGAAGUUAUGCUUAAAGAUAUAUAUGAUUCAAAAAGAAUUGAUGGUUUAAUACAAACAAAUAAUACUUAUACAAAUGAUAAUAUACCAUUUUCAACAUCAUCAUUAAUAUUAUCAGCUCAAUUUUGGCCACCAUUUAAAGAAGAAUGGAAACUUGAAUUACCAAAAUUUAUACAACAACAUUUAAAUAAAUAUGUUAAAAUAUUUGAAACAUUAAAAGGUAAUAGAACAUUAUGUUGGAAACCACAUUUAGGUAAUGUACAUCUUGAAAUUGAAUUAAAAGAUCGUAAAAUUGAUAUACAUUGUGCACCAAUACAAGCAACAAUUAUUAUUAAUUUUCAAAAUAAAAAACAAUGGAGCUUAGAUGAACUUGCUGAAAAAAUUCAUGUACCAGCAACAGUAUUACGUAGAAAAAUUACAUUAUGGGUAUCACAAGGUAUAUUAAAAGAAAUAAAUACAGAUGUAUUUUUAUUACAAGAAGAAAGUGUUACUAAAAAUCGUACUGUUGCUGAACUUGUUGAAGAUGAAGAAAAUGAAAGUGCAAUGGCAUCUGCUAGUGAUCAACGUGAAGAAGAAUUACAAGUAUUUUGGUCAUAUAUUGUUGGUAUGCUGACAAAUUUAGACUCAAUGCCAUUAGAAAGAAUUCAUCAAAUGUUAAAAAUGUUUGCUAAUCGUGGUCCUGGUGCUGUUGAGUGUGGUUUACCUGAAUUACGUCAUUUUUUGGAUAACAAAGUUCGUGCACAUCAGUUAUUAUUUUCUGGUGGUUUAUAUCGUUUACCAAGACUUUAAUAAAAUUUAUAUAUUAUAUAUAAAAACAAAGAAAAAAAUCUCAUUUUAUUUAGAAUUUUUAAAA